GAGGAUGGCUCAUUUUUAGUGUCUAGAAACGAGGAGAACAGGAGACAAGUGACUUUCUAUGAACCGCCAAGGAAGAUUUUGAAGAACAAAGCUUCCGUUUUGUGUACCUCCUUCAUGCUUGGUUUAGGCAGAACCGUUACGCGCCUUUGCCAUAAUCCCAGUACCGCAAAUGAAGAUGUAGAUGACCCGAAGAUGAACCACCAGAAUGACAAGGUGUUGCGACUGCUGACUGCCUCAGCGCGAGCUGAAUUGGACCAGGCUUUCGAGGAGAGGAAAGAGCUGAACAAGAUGGAACCCGAGGAGAAAAGAUUCUGGUUGAAAGCGCAUACGCGGGACCAUGUUGUCUUUUUUGACGGAUCUAAAGAUCCAGAGGGAAAGUCAGAACCAGACGAGAUGGUGCGCGAUCGCAAGAACGAAAUGGAAAGCUUCGCUGUCGCUCUUCUGGUGCGUGAACUUGACUUUGUGAUUCGUGCUGAGCGGGAGAAGAUGGAUGAUCUCCACACUAAGAUUCUUCGUGCGCAGGCCCAGGAGGAGAAGGAGAAGAUGCUUCUUGCGUUGCUGCACGAGGAGAAGGAGAAGAGGGCUCUUAUCUUGCUCUUUCAGGUUCCGGAGGUUGUCGAGAUGUGCGCGAAAGGGCUGCUUCCGCACUUGUGGGAGUUCGUCGAUCCACACGACACUAACAGUAACAACGUGAAGUCUCCUAAGGCUAAAGCUAAUGCUAGGAUCGCAUAUUUUCUCGCGUGGGGAUCACUGAACGAAAAUGAUCCGGUGCUGCAGAGAUACGCGGAAGACCACGUGAGGCCACUAGUUGAAAGGUUCGUAAACCUGGUAGCAGAGGAUGAGGACUUACAAAACGUGGUGAGAGAUGUUAGAGACAAGGAUAAAGAUGAUGCCAUUUCCACGGAGCAGAGGGAGGCAACCGAGAACCAGUUACUUCUUAAGCCCGAGAAAAGUGAUCCCUGUGGUGCAGAGGAAGGGGUGGAGGAAAAAGAAGUAAGCCCUUUAUUUACAGAAAAAUUGAAGGAAGCCUUGAAACCGCACAUGGGCAAAUUCUUUGCCUUUGCCGGAAAAUUCAUGGAGCUCGGAUCUUGAAGAUGAGCGUCCACUGCCGUAGAGUAGCACAGGAGAAGUUUGUGACUCAUUAUUGUUGUAUAGGUACCAGGGAAAAUUCUUCUGAGAAGGUACAAGUCGCAUGAAAAGACCUCAAUGCCAUUUUAUAGAAGGAUGGGCCAUGUUGAGGUAACAUGGCAUGACAAUUCUACGUCAUGUAAGCCAUUCAAAAGAAACGUAGGAGCAAAC